AUGUCGAUUGUGAUUGCGAUCUUCAAUGAUUUCUACACAGAAUCACUGAUCUAUCGAUAUUACCCAUUUCCCAGUAAACGUUGGAUGCCCGAGCUUUUGAGUAAAACGCAGAGCUACUUUCCUUGCCAUUACACUAAUCUGCAAGGAAAAACUUUCAUUACUCUGCCGGGACAAACUGAGCCACGUACUAUGAUUUAUGAAGACGCCUCAGGUCAACAACAUUUGAGUGGCUACAUUGGCCGUCUGAUGAUCGCCUUUGCGGAAAAGUACAAUGCCACAUUCCAAUAUUUACAUCCAGUCACACCAGGUGCCGGUCUACAUUUGAGCGUUCUGAGUGAUUAUGUCAUGCAAGGUAUUUUGGACAUAGCAAUCACUUUAAGCCCAUCAUCUUUUGAUGUGCAGACCACCUAUCCGUAUAUGUCGUAUACCUUGGAGUCGAUUGAAUGGUUUAUUGUAUUGCCAUGUCCGCAACCGCUUGAGUAUUCGAAAAUAUACUUGAUGGUCGUCACGACCCAAGUCAUCACAAUUUUAGCGAUUUUGGGUUUCCUCUUCUCAAUUCUGGACAAUUUUAUGAAGCAUAAAUUGUGCAAAAAGUCAAGUGACUUCAAUUUGGUCAAUGUAUUAGUUAAUGAAAAUAUCUUUCGUGGCAUAUUUGGUCUUUCCCUACUCAUACGGAAACGUCCAAUGCUUUCAAUGAAAAUACUUCACACUUUUCUCUUUCUACUCGGCCUCUUCGUUAGCAGCCUGUAUUCAGUUUACUUCCAAUCGGUGCUCAUGAGCCCUCCACUGAAGCCGAGAAUUCUUACAUUCGAUGAUAUGCGACGCGCCAAUUUCAAAGUCAUGCUCAACCGCAAUGAAAUCGGACUUGUCCAAAAAACUAUGGGACCUGCUUUCAAUAAAACAUUCAAGGAUAUAUUACAACUAGAAGAUACCAAAACAUUUAAGCGUCAUCGUGGUGAGUACGACACAACAUAUGGCUAUAGUAUGCCGGAAUCAAUUUGGCCCAUUUUCGAGUUACAACAACAAAAAUUCGAAAAAAAAGUAUUCUGUUUGGCUCCAACGUUAAAAAUUUCUGACCAUAUAUUGAUGAGCAUACCCUUGGCUGAGAAUUCAUACCUAAUGGAGCCUUUGAACAAGAUGAUACUUCGAGUAAUCGAAAGAGGUCUUUUGGAGCAAUGGCGCACAAUGCCUUUCAUGGAUAUGUGGGCAACUGCAAAAUUAUCGCUCAAGGACAAUAGUAGCAUCGAGCACUUUCACGAUAUUCGUGUGGAAGAUAUAAAGUUGCCGUGCUGCUUACUACUCUGUGGACUGGGUGUGAGCAGUGUUGUUUUUAUUAUGGAAAUUUGUGUAUUCGAAUUGAGAAAGAGAAGGAUGCAUGAGAAAUGA